AGUAAACGCGAUUACGUUAAGUAUCUUAUUUUAUUAGAGUGCUUGCUUUGAAGUAGGUAUGAGUUUUGUAGGUACAAAGAAUACUGAACGACUACGACCAGAGGCGAUACAGAGCGGAUCCGUGUCCAAGACUAGACGUUUUAAUGAGUUUCGAACUUUCGAGCCUUAGGUGGAUCGCGUGGAUCACAGACGUCAAAUAAAGGCGUAGACGGAGUUCCUGAAUUCAGCAUCGUCAGCAUAGAUGAAAAGAGGAAAUAAGCUGUCUUGUCAGACGUAACCACGAAAAAACCAGAAAGCCCGCCAGAAAUAUUAAUUCUACAUAAUACAAAAAAUAUUGAUAUUGUUUCAGAAAAACUGAUUCCAAAAUUAGGUAAUUUGUUUUCAUUCUUACAAAAUUUAGAGACAGAAGACAGAAGAGCAUGUUAGAUUGGCACAUUGUUGUUUAUAGUAAUAGUAUAAUAAUUAAUAAUAGGUACCUAUGCUACAGGAAAUUACGUUUUGUGAAAGCAGAAUGUACCCUACAUACCUACUUCCGAACUAAAAAUAACACCAUAUAAUCCAACCAAAACAGUAUACCUAGAGGUAAUAUGUAUAGUUAUAACAAUACAAUACGUGACUAAAAAAAAUGUACGAAAACAUCCUACUAGUAGGUAAGUAGGUACUAGGAUGUUUUUGUACGUUUUUUAUUAUGUUUGUCUCCAUGUUAGUUAUUAUUUUUCAGAUAAAUACAAAAAGUGUCCACGUUGUAAAUACAUCCUAGAUCAUACAGAAAAAAUAUUACAUAAUAUACCUACAAUUAAUAAAUUUGAUGUACUUGGUAUUUGUGAUAAGUGUCGAACUAAAGGUCAAAAAGGUGUUUCAUAUUGUAAAUGUAGCGAAGCCAUUGAUAAGUUUAUUAGAAUCAAGAAAUACAAAAAUAAGGAAACAUUUACUAUCAAGAAAGAUGUACAAUCUAUAAAAUCAUACGAUUUGACUCGACUAAAAAAUCAACACGGAAGAAUCAGAUACUCUGAAAAAGAUCAUAAAUUUCAGUAUACAAGCAACAAUUAUCCCGAUAGUGAGUCAUCAUUGGACACUAGAAUUACUCAUUUUCAAAAUAAUAUAAUGUUGAGAAAAACGCUUGGUUACGACAAAAACUUGGCUGAACAAGAAAUUACGAGUUAUCCUGAUUUGACAGACGAAUCUGUAAAAUUUGGUUCAUUAAAUGAAACGGCUGAACAACAUGAUAAGUCUUUUCAUCGUCCUGUUAUCCACUGUCAGAAAGGUUUUAAAGAGGUAUCGCCUUCUAUUUUCGAUUUAGUAGCUGAACAAAAUCUUAAUCGAAAAGAAUAUAUCAAACGAGACCUCAAUGCACUGGCUACCUCAGGGACUGGUGGAAGUUGUAAAAUUAGCUCUGAAACAAUACUCUCACCUUCAAAAUAUCUUUCUAAAGAUGCUUUUCGUUUUCCUCUUUUAUUAAAAGAGGAUAAAUUAUUACACAAAAAUUUCAGUUAUUUUUUCAUAAAAAAAACUGAAAAAAGAAAACAAAGGAUUCAAAAACCUAAGAGUUCUUGGGAAUUAAUAAAAGAAACUCAAGAUAUGUUACGUAAAAGAGAAGACGAAUUGCAAAAAAACGUGAAUAAAAGUAUGAUGAAAAUUGACAAAGAUGAAAAAAAAGAUAUUUCUCGUAAAAACGAGAUUAAAAUACAAGGCGCGAUACUACAAGAAGAUAAAAUUAAUGAUAGUGGAAUUAUUGACAAAAGGACGAAAAGAAGUACUGUUAAAUUGGUUGAAAAGGGUAUAAAGGCACCUUCGGAAAUGACUACAAAAAGUGGUAUAAAAAAAGUGUCAAAAGUUGAUAAAAAUGAAGAAUCCACAAGCUCAAAAACUGCACAGCGAGAAAAAGAGAAAGAUGCACGGCGAAAAGAUAAAGAGAAUUUUAAAAGAGACAAAAUAGAACAAGUUAGUAAAGAGAAAGACAAAAAAAUAAUGGAAAUAGAUCAAUCGAAACAGAAACAGAGUCAACAAUCUGAAAAAAAGAAAGCAAAUCUCGGUGAACAGACGGUCAAAAAAGAUAACAUAGUACUUCCUGAAAAAUAUAGCGAUACACGUAAACAAAAUAAGUUAGUUGAAAACCCACGUGAAACAAUUAAAGACAAUCAGAGUAAAAUUGAUAAAGAUUUUUUUCAACGAGGUAAUGAAGUAGACGAAGGAAAAGGAAAAGAAAUAUCUGAACAAACCCGUGAAAAACACGAAAUUUCAGAAAAUAAACCAGAAAAGCACCAUUCACUACCAUUUGGAGAUGAGGAACAACAGAAGUUGGAAAAAAAGGUAACUGUAACACAUGACGAGAGAAAAAAUAAAGAGGAGGCUGCGUUGAAAUUUAGAGCUCUUCGGGAAAUUAAGAGUGAUCCCGAAAUCCUUAGCCGAGUUCAACUACAAGAAAUAGCCGAAGAACCACGCGUCAGAGACUUAAAUGUGGAUCAAAUUAAAAUAAGUGAACCUCCAAAUGACAAUGCUAUGCAGUUUUUAAAACAAACCGCAAAAGACAAAAAGCAAAAUAAUGAUGAUAUAAAUAUUCCGCUGUCGCUUAUUGUAGCUCACAAAGCUCAUAAAGGUUUGAAGGUAGACUCUUGUGCUAUUUGUAAUAAUUCUGAAUUGGAGCUCGAUAUUGAAGAGGUAUUAGAUAAAGGUGAAGGUGUGAAAAUAAGUGAUAUAAUUAUAGGACAAAAAAUCUGCAAAUAUAGACAUCCAUUAAAAUCAGACGAUAAACAAAUGCUCCCUCUUCCUAUUGUUGUUACAACAUUUAACGAUGAACUUUUCAAUGUACCCGAAAAAGAUGUUAACAGUCCUGAAAUAUUAGAAGAGAAGUUAAAAGUUUCUAAAAAAAUUGUCGAACCUGACGUACCGAAAGGUGUUAUACGUUACGCGUUGUCUGAUCGUACGUUCAUCGAAAAGGGUUGGACCAUGUUACCGACAGAAAAAGUUGUUAGAAAGAUGAAUGUAUACCGCAUGCGACCAGCGCAUCCAGAGUUUGACUGGUUUGAACAUAAUAAAAACAAGAAGAUGAUGCGGUACGAUACUGGUGAAAAAUUAGCGGAGUUUGAUGAUAACGGCCGAGGUCGUUUGUAUUAUAGAAGCGGUCGACUUGCAUUAGAUUACUAUGAUGCUGAAGAAAUAAAUGCGCACCAGCGUUUUGUAAUCCACAGCAGUGGUGAGAUCGAUGCGCGUGGAUGUUCUCGCCCUUUAGCAAUUCUGGCAACGUUCGAUUAUCUUGGCAAUGGUAUCGUAUUCGAUCACACUGGUAAAAUAAGACUCAAAUAUAACCAGACAGAAGGUGUAGUUCUCGACCGCAGCAUUGGUCCUGUAUCUCACUGGAAAUGGCACACAUUAAACGACCCUCCAGUACUACAACAAGUAAUGAUAGACACUCAGAUGGCUCACAAAGAUCCUGAAAUCCUCAAACUCGGUGGACCUCAAGAGAGCAAAUCGCGACAAGAUAACGAAGAAAUGCUGGCCAUUGAAUUUGAUAACUUUGUAAAGGAGAAGAGUAAAAAGCUAUCACAGAAAUUCAAGCCAUUUCAAAUUAAAAUGAAGGCGCUGAAAAUAAAUGAAUAUUUCUCCCUAAAAGUUUUAGACCAGGCCACGAUUUAUUUAAUUUACCGCGAUGGUUCGACUAAUAUUAAAAUAAACUUGGGAAUGAUACUGGAUCACCAGGAAAUUGUGGACACAGAUACCGCAGAAGUGGGUGAAGUUUCAAACAGUUUGGAAAGAUUUCCAGCUAGAACAGACAGUUUAGCAGGUCUUCAAAAUAGUGUCGCAUACGCACAACGUAUAGAACGAGCUCGAGUAGAACGCGAACAUCGGAUACGGCCAACUCAGCCUAUUUCUAGUUCAGACAAACUCACCGCUGGAAUGUCACGACCGCUGCGCGUUCCAGUACGCGUAGUUACAUCAGAAUCGACAGUUGCAAAUUGUAGAUGUAGGAAACCUCCAUGUAAUAAUCUGUAUUAUGAUACGCGUUUUAUUUAAUAAAGAUAGAAAAGUACAAUAUGACUACUUCUUUGUGCGUUCUGCAUUAUGUAUCUGAAAUUCCAUAGUCCAAUCAAUGUUAAACCCGAAAGUUUGUAUGGAUGUUUUAAG